AUGCGCGCGUUUAUUGUUACGUGCCUCUUGGGCCUGUCACUGGCCAAGCCGCAAGGAUAUAACUAUCAGGCGGGCCGUAUAACCGGCUUGACUGACUUGCAGCAACAGCAGGCGGCUAGCUUGGAUGAACAACGGCUGGUGCAGCAGGCGCUGCAGGCACCUAAGCUUCAACAGCUUCUGAAUAUACAGCAAACACAGCCACAGCAGCAACCACAACAGCAGCAGCAGAUCUUCCAGCAACAGGGCUCUAACUUUGGCUUCAAUCAGUUAGCACAGCAGCAGGCCUACAGCCCUGUCAUCUCAAAGGAUAUCUACGUGCAUGUACCACCCGUCGAAGAAUCGGAGGAGCGCUAUCCGCAGCCCGCGCUACCCGUGGGUCCACCUCGCAAGCAUUAUCGCAUCGUGUUUAUCAAGGCACCCACGCCUAGUGUCAGCAAGGCAGCUAUACGCGUCCAGCAGGCUCCUGUGGAAGAAAAAACCAUCAUCUAUGUGUUGACUAAGAAACCAGAUCCUCUCGAGCUGCAAACAGCCAUCGAAGAGGCAGCCCCCAAGCCCAUAAGCAAACCAGAAGUCUUCUUUAUUAAGUACAAAACGCAGGAGGAAGCUGCGCAUGCACAACGCACCAUACAAGCUCAAUACGAUCAGCUGGGUGGCACAACACAAGUAUCUGACGAGGGCGUAGCACCGGUUACAUCGGUCAUCGGUGCACUGGACAAUCAACGUGGAGGCGUGGCAGUCGGUGAAGCCGGAACAAGUGGAACUGGUGGAUCCGUUGGCACCAUUGGCGGCCUGACAGGCGCCAUACCCAACAAAUAUUUGCCUGCCCAUUUGCGGACAUAGAAAAUUGACUGAAAUGCCAAGAAUUGCUAUUGUUUUAGUUAAAUAAGUAACAAAUUGUUAUUACGUAUGUAUGUG